GAGAUAAAUAGGCCACUUGUAAUUGAAGAAGAAGAGAGAACACGCGGAACAUUAAAGGAGAAAAAAUAAAAUCAUUAAAUUAAAAAGCAUCGUUUACAAUUCAGGUGUGGGGUGAUUGUCCAUAGCUUUCACAUAUAGUACCCAUGUUGUAUUCUGAUAUAUUGAAGCAAUCAAAGGAAGAGUUAUUACAGCUAUUGAGAGCCAACGAAGUGCAUUUUGACGUCGGGGCUUCCAUACACCAAUUGCGCAUUGCGGCAAACACUUUGUUCAAAAUGAGCGACAAGCAUGAGGCUGGCCCGGAUGAUGAACAUGGUCAGGCAGCUGCAAACAACAUUGUGCUGCAAGAUCAGGCUGUUGGCGGCAGCAUAGUUUCGCGGCACCAGACAAGCAAAAUCGUGUCUGAAGAUCAAGCUGCGGGAGGUUACACCGACAUACAAGACAAGAUAGCCCAUGCAGAACCUCUUGUGCAACACGUAGCUCAGAUUGGACUGGAUAAACGCACGUUUCGAGCUGAUGUUUGUCGAGGAGUAGCGGGACUUCAAACAACGCUAAGCGACAUAGAGCGGAACCAAGUUGCUACAAAAAUGGCCGCAAAAUUUUCACGGGGUGAUAUCGCGGAUAUAAUGGCGGUAGUGGAGCCCUUUUUGGGAGAGGAUGACAUUCCUGUCAAAUUAUGGAUUGAACAGUUUGAAACUGCAAAUGCAGUGUUGGGAGUACCACUCAAUCGCUAUUGGUUAUAUGCGAGGCGUCUUCUUAUUGGACCAGCAAAAAGUUACUUCGCUUAUCAAGGUGCUGCUGAUUGGGAUGCUUUGCGAACUCCGAUGAUGGAUGUUUUUGGACGUAAAAACACAAAACUGGAGAUAUAUCACAAUGGACCCAUAGAGGUCUAAGUGUGGCGGGCUAUAGUCCGACAGCCGCCCUAACCUAAUCCAUGUGCAGUACUGGACGCCAAGCUGAGUCGGAAGAUCGUGAUUUAAUUAAGCACAUUGUUGGCGGAUUAAACGACACGAGUGGUAUUAAUGCGUUACUUUAUUUUUGCGAGAGUCUUGAUCAAUUGCGUCACCGUUUGAUAGAGUAUGUUCAAAUCCACUUAUGACUGCCAAAUUCUUACGCUGGUCGUGGUACUUCGAGCGUUCAUGAUAUGAUGCUGUUGCUGACAUAAUUGGUAAACAUUUUGUAAGUUUUAAUAUAAAUGAACUUAGAUGCACAGAAUUUAUAGUAAUUAACGUUCUUUUUGAUACCGGUAGCCCGGUUAGCUUCGUAAGCAAAUCAAAUUUGCCAAAAGAUGUUACGUUAGCCAACCCAUUCGCGAGUAAAUACCGUAGAAUUUAUGGAAGAAAUAUGUUGCUAUGCGGCGCAGUUAAAUGCUAUGUUAAGUUUAAUUUGAAAGUUUAUGAAAUUGAAGUUUUUGUUGUUCACGAUGAUGUAUUACCUGUUGCUAUGAUUCUUGUCAGAAACGCUUUUGACGCUUUACAAUUACAAUUAAUCCAAAGAAACUCAGACUAUGGAAAAAUGUCAGUAUUUGAUAAUAAUAAAUUUGAUUUAACUACUUCUUGUG